AUGAAGAUCCUGCUAAUUAUAUUUGUUCCGAUCUUCUGGACUGAAACCCUGACACAUCAGAGCCCAGGGCCAGGCCCGGAGUAUGCUGAUGUGGUGUUUCUGGUGGACAGCUCCGACCGCCUGGGAAUUAAGUCCUUCCCGUCUGUGAAGGCCUUCAUCAACAAGAUGAUCAACAACCUCCCCAUAGAGGCUGACAAGUACCACGUGGGCCUGGCCCAGUACAGCGACAGGCUCCACAGAGAGUUCCUGCUCAGAGCCUUCAAGAGCAGGGGCCCCAUGUUGAAUCACAUCAAGAAGAACUUCGAGUUCCUGGGGGGCUCCCUGCGGAUUGGGAAUGCUCUCCAGGAGGUCCACAGGGCCUACUUCUCAAGUGGGAGGGACAAGAAACAGUUUCCCCCGAUCCUGGUGGUCCUGGCUUCCGCUGAGUCCGAAGAUGCUGUGGAAGAGGCCGCCGAAGCACUGCGCAAAGAUGGGGUGAGGAUCAUCUCAGUGGGGAUGCAGGGGGCGUCUGAGAAGACCCUGAAGGCCAUGGCCACGGGCCAGUUCCACUACAGCCUCCGGACGGCCAGGGACCUCAGCACAUUCUCCAGAAACAUGAUGCAGAUUCUCAAAGAUGCAGUUCAGUACAAAGAUGGAGUAGCCCACUCUGAUACAGAAGUCCCCUUUUCCAGGGCCUGUAAGAAAGAUUCAAUUGCCGACCUCAUGUUUCUGGUGGAUGAGGCCGUUGGGACCACAGAGAAUCUAGGGCUCCUGCAGAACUUCCUGAAGAACAUCACCUCCUCCAUGGAUGUGCAUAACAACUGCCUGCGGCUUGGACUCAUGAGUUACAGUGACAGAGUCAAGACGUUUUCUCUUCUGAACUCGAGCACAACCCUGUCUGAAUUUCAGGAGCAAAUCCAGAAGCUCUCUCUGGGGGCUGGGAAAUCCAAUGCUGGAACUGCCCUUCAGCAGAUGAGGAGGGAAGGCUUCUCAGCAUCACAUGGCAGCAGACGGGCCCAAGGAGUGCCCCAAAUAGCGGUCCUGGUUACUAACAGGCCGGUGGAUGACAAUGUGCGGGAGGUGGCCCUCGACCUCCGGCUGCAGGACGUAACUGUGCUUUCCGUGGGCAUUGAAGGGGCCAACAAGACCCAGUUAGAAGAGAUAGUGUCUUACCCUCCGGGACAGACCAUCUCCAUGCUACGGUCCUAUGCAGACUUGCAUAAUUACAGUAAGAACUUCUUAAAAAAGCUCCAGAAUGAAAUAUGGUCCCAAAUUUCGACUCAGGCUGAACAAGUGGAACUUGAUAAAACUGGCUGUGUGGACACAAAGGAGGCUGAUCUCUAUUUCCUCAUCGAUGGCUCAGGAAGCAUUCAGGUAAAACACUUUGAGCAAAUCAAGGAAUUCAUGUUGGCGGUGAUAGGGAUGUUCAGCAUUGGUCCAGACAAAGUUCGAGUCGGAGCUGUGCAGUAUUCCGAUGAGAAGAAAGUGGAGUUUGAUAUCAAUGACUACCUUAAUGAUGUGAAAUUAAGAAAGGCUGUUUCUAACAUCAAGCAACUUGGCGGCGGAACUCUUACUGGGGCAGCCCUGGAUUUCAUGCUGCCACUGAUGAAGAAGGGAAGGAAGCAGCGGACAAAUGAGGUACCCUGUCAUCUCAUUGUGUUGACCGAUGGGCUAUCUGAAGAUGCUGUCCUGGAACCUGCUGAGAGAGUAAGGGCUGAAAAUGUCACCAUCCAUGCGAUUGGUAUUGGGAAGGCUAACAGAACACAACUGAAACAAAUUGCUAGGGAAGAGGAAAGAGUUAACUUUGGGCAGAACUUUGAUGCUUUAAAAGGCAUCAAAAAUGAAGUCGUUCACAGCAUCUGCACUGAGAAAGGAUGUGAAAACAUGAAGGCCGACAUCAUGUUUCUGGUGGACAGUUCUGGCAGUAUAGGACGUGAGAAUUUUGAGAAAAUGAAAAUUUUCAUGAAAAACCUGUUAGAUAAGAUUCAGAUUGGUGGAGACAAAAGCCGAGUUGGUGUAGUUCAAUUCAGUGAUGUUAGUAAGGAAGAAUUCCAGCUUGAUAAAUACUUCACACAGAAAGAACUUUCUGAUGCAAUAGACAGCAUGGACCCCAUCAGUGAGAGCACUUUGACUGGAAGCGCGAUAACCUUUGUGGAUCCAUACUUCACUGAGGCCAAGGGGGGCCGUGCAAUGGUGAAAAAGUUUCUGAUCCUUAUCACUGAUGGAGAAGCCCAAGAUGAUGUGAGAGACCCCGCAAAAGCUCUUCGGGACAAGGGUGUGGUCAUCUUCUCUGUGGGGGUAUACGGGGCCAACAGGACUCAGCUGGAGGAGAUCAGUGGGGAUGGCAGCCUGAUCUUCCACGUGGAGAACUUUGAUGAUCUAAAGGCAAUAGAGAGUAAACUCAUCUUCCGCGUGUGUGCUCUUCAUGAUUGUAAACGGAUUCAGCAGUUAGAUGUCGUGUUCGUGCUGGACCACUCAGGCAGCAUCAGCGUCCAGGACCAAGAAAACAUGAUCAACCUCACCAUCCAUUUGGUGAAGAAAUCAGACGUGGGCCCGGACCGCGUUCGGUUUGGAGCGCUCAGAUACUCAGAUGACCCCGAGGUUCUUUUCUACCUCAACAAGUACUCAAGUAGAUCAGCCAUCAUCGAGCAUCUGAGGCGGCGCAGGGAUACGGCCGGGAGGACCUACACCGCCAAGGCUCUGGAGCGUGCGAACGACCUGUUCACAGAGCAACACGGCAGCCGUCUCAAGCAAAACGUGAAGCAGAUGCUGAUCGUCAUCACGGAUGGGGUAUCCCACGACAGAAAGAACCUCAGUGAGGCGGCCUCAAAAUUAAGAACCAAAGGCGUCAUCAUCCACGCAGUGGGUGUAGGUGCGGCUGACCAACUGGAACUGGAGAUGAUGGCGGGGGAUAAAAACCACACUAUCCACGUCAGUGCUUUCGAUAAACUGAAAGAUAUUUACCUGCCUCUGCAAGACAGUAUGUGUAACAACGCGCAAGAGGUCUGUAAUGUUCAGGAAGCGGAUGUGAUUUUCUUUUGUGAUGGCUCUGACAUGGUAUCUGAUUCAGACUUUGUUACCAUGACAACUUUCUUGUCAGACUUGAUUGAUAAUUUUGACAUUCAGUCUCAGAGGAUGAAAAUCGGGAUGGCCCAGUUUGGGAGCCGUUACCAAGAAAUUAUCGAGUUGCAAAACUCUCUGAGUAAAGCUGAAUGGAAGUCUCGGGUUCAAUCUAUCAGCAAGAGCAAGGGGCUUCCUCGAAUAGACCUGGCCCUGAGAAAAGUGAGCCUUAUGUUUGAGCCGUCCGCCGGUGGCAGAAGGAACGCUGGUGUCCCUCAGACGUUGGUGGUCAUCACAUCUGGGGGUCCCCGCUAUGAUGUGUCAAAGGCAGUGAAGGCCCUGAGAGAAGCUGGCAUUUGUAUUCUGGCUCUGGGCAUAGGAGAUGUUUACAAGGAACAGCUCCUGCCGAUCACGGGCAGUUCUGAAAAAAUCAUCACUUUUCAAGACUUCGAUAAAUUGAAGAAUGUGGAUGUGAAGAAAAGAAUGGUCCGUGAAAUCUGCCAGAGUUGCGGGAAAACCAACUGCUUUCUGGACAUAGUGGUUGGCUUCGACAUUUCCACUCACCUGCGGGGCCAGCCAUUGUUCCACGGCCACCCCCGGCUGGAAUCAUACCUCCCAGGCAUCUUAGAGGACAUCACGUCCAUCAGGGGUGUCAGCUGCGGGGCAGGUGCAGAAGUGCAGGUGAGCGUGGCCUUUAAGGUGAACAGCGACCAGAAUGUCCCUGCCAAGUUCCAAAUCUACCAGCAAACCAUAUUUGACCGCCUCCUGCAAGUCACCGUCAAUGGGCCGACUCACCUGGACGCGCAGUUCCUGCAGUCCAUGUGGGACACUUUUGAGAAUGUGUCUACAUCCCAAGGACAGGUGUUGCUCAUCUUUUCAGAUGGUCUUGGGGGUGAAAGCAAACUGAUGCUUGAAGAUCAAUCGGACAGGCUCAGGGAAGCAGGACUUGAUGCUUUGCUGGUAGUGUCCUUAAAUGCAACCACUCAUGGCGAGUUUUCCAGCUUUGAAUUUGGAAAAGGAUUUGACUACAGGACUCACCUGACCAUUGGAAUGAAAGAACUGGGCAGUACGCUAUCACAUUAUCUGGGGAACAUUGCAGAGAGGACUUGUUGCUGUAAAUUUUGCAAAUGUCUAGGGAUUCCAGGACCUCAAGGGAUCCAAGGGCCACGAGCCACCCAGGGUUUUCCGGGUUUGAAAGGCAGCGGAGGACACAGAGGAGAGGAUGGAGAGCCUGGAACUCGAGGAGAAGUUGGACCCCAAGGAAACAGAGGGAGUGCAGGAUGUCCAGGGCAGCGGGGUCAAAAGGGAGACAGAGGAUUUCCUGGAUAUAAGGGAGAACACGGAGAUGAUGGGGUUGAUGGACUGGAUGGGGAAGAGGGUUUUCAUGGACUUCCUGGGAAAAAGGGAGAAAAAGGUGAUCCAGGGUCCCAGGGCAGCCCAGGUUCCAGAGGCCCCCCUGGGGGAUAUGGGGAGAAGGGCUUCCCAGGGGAUCCUGGUAAACCAGGACAAAGCAGUAACAUCAAAGGACAAAAGGGCUCCAAAGGAGAACAAGGAAGACAAGGUAGAACUGGGCAGAAAGGGACGCCAGGCAGUCCUAGCUCCAGAGGGAGCAGGGGAAGAGAAGGCCGUAGGGGAGUCCAGGGUGCCCUGGGGGAACCCGGGACGCCUGGGCCUCAAGGCGAAUCAGGAGCUGACGGAUCACCAGGCCCGCAGGGAUUAAGCGGACCUCCGGGCAGGAAAGGAGAGCAGGGAGACGAAGGACAGAAAGGACCUCAGGGUGCUCCUGGCCCAGUAGGAGAUAAAGGGAGUGUUGGAAGGCCUGGUCUUUUGGGGAGAAAGGGAGAACCUGGGAUUCCUGGAGACCCAGGGCCAGCGGGGCAAGUUGGACAGCGAGGAAAGCAGGGUGAUUAUGGCAUCCCAGGGUAUGGUCCUGUGGGACGAAAAGGAGUCAAGGGUUCAAGAGGAUUCCCUGGAGAUAUGGGCCAAAAGGGUGAUGCUGGUGAUCCUGGAAUUCCUGGUGGGCCUGGACCAAAAGGAUUUAGGGGGUUAACCCUCACGGUAGGCUUGAAAGGUGAAAAAGGCUCUCCUGGACGCCAAGGCCCUCCUGGACGGAGAGGUCCUAAAGGGAUGGCAGGGCAGCCCGUAUAUUCUCAAUGUGAUCUAAUCCAGUUCAUGCGGGACCACAGUCCUUGUUGGAAAGAAAAGUGUCCUGUGUAUCCAACAGAGCUGGUAUUUGCCCUGGACCAGUCCAACGGUAUCACAGAGCAGAGAUUUAAUGAAAUGAGGGACAUCAUCACUUCUAUUGUCAGCGACCUCCACGUCAGGGAAAGUAAUUGCCUUGUGGGAGCAAGAGUUGUUGUGGUUUCCUACAACUCGGGCACCGACUACCUCAUCCGUGGGUCUGACUACCGUAACAAGAAGCAGCUUCUUCAGCUACUCUCCCAAAUAAAAUAUCAAAACUCCGGGGAAGUCCGAGACAUUGGGAAUGCGAUGAGGUUUGUGGCUCGGAACAUCUUUAAGCGGACGUCUGCGGGAGCCAAUGUGCAGAGAGUUGCUGUGUUUUUUAGCAACGGACAAGCUGCAAGUAGGUCAUCCAUCAUCACGGCCACCAUGGAGUUUAGCGCCUUGGGUAUCAGUCCUGCAGUCUUCGCUUUCAAUGAGAAGGUUUACCUCGAUGAGGCUUUUGGGUUUGACAACACAGGAACAUUUCAGGUGCUUUCUGUUCCUCCAGACGGGGAAUAUGAUCCAUUAGAAAGGCUUCGGCGCUGUACACUUUGCUAUGAUAAAUGUUUUCCAGAUACUUGCAAGAAAGAAAUUGUCUUACCUGAAAGUUCAUACAUGGAUGUUGCCUUCCUCUUAGACAAUUCUAGGAACAUAGCAAGUGAUGAGUUUAAGAAUGUGAAAGCCUUGGUGAGCUCAAUGCUUGACAACUUUGACAUUGCCUCGGACCCUAUAAUCUCAGACUCUGGUGAUAGGAUUGCCUUGUUGAGCUAUGCUCCUUGGGAUAGGAGACAGAAGAAUGUGGUAAAAACAGAGUUUGAGUUUACAACUUAUAACAGUCAAGCUCUAAUGAAAAGGUACAUUGAGGCUGACCUCCAGCAGCUAAAUGGAGAAGCCACCAUUGGUCAUGCCCUACUGUGGACCGUGGAGCAUCUCUUCCCAGCAACACCCAAGCUAAGAAGACACAGGGUCAUCUUUGUGGUCUCUGCUGGAGAAAACCGUGAGAGAAGGGAAUUCUUAAAGAAGAUGGCUCUGAGGACCAAGUGUCAAGGUUAUGUCAUAUUUGUGAUUUCCCUGGGUUUGACAACCAAGGAGGACAUGGAGGAGCUAGCCAGCCACCCACUUGAUCACCACCUGAUACAGCUUGGGAGAAUUCAUAAACCAAAUCUGGAUUAUGUUGUGAAGUUUUUAAAGCCAUUUGUGUACUCAGUGAGACGAGGAUUCAAUCAGUACCCACCACCAGUGCUUGAGAACAUCUGCAAACUCAUUGAUUCAGAAGACGAGGAAGAUCAAAACAUCGGUCUCCCAUUUACCCCUGCACCUUAUGAGAUUUCUUCAGGAGAGAACAUCAUUGGUCAGAGAUUGAGUACUAGGAGAGAUGCACCUUUUGUAUUGGAGGACAAUGGAAGUGACCACUUGGUUUACAUUCCGAGCCAGAUGCUCAUGCCACAGAAAUUAAUGACUAAAUAUGAAGAAGAUUGGGGUUCUGAAGCAAUCACAAGCCUCACAUCUGGACAUGAAAACCUUGGCAGAAAAGAAGAACCAGGUCUUACUUAUGAAAGUAGAGAUGCCUCUCUUCAAGAAUAUUACAUGGAUGUGACUUUUCUCGUAGAUGCUUCCAAAAGAAUAGGAAGUGAUGAGUUUAAGGACGUGAAAACUUUUAUAAGCUCCGUGCUUGAUUAUUUUCAUCUGGCCCCAGAUCCACUGACCUCCACCUUGGGAGACAGAGUAGCAGUCGUGACCUACUCUCCUCCAGGCUAUAUGCCCAACACAGAAGAAUGCCCUGUCUACCUAGAAUUUGAUUUGGUCACUUAUAACAGUAUACACCAAAUGAAACAUCAUCUCCAAGACUCCCUUCAGCAGCUCAAUGGAGAUGUUUUUAUGGGUCAUGCCCUUCAGUGGACACUUGACAAUGUCUUUGCAGGAACUCCCAAGCUGAGGAAAAACAAAGUUAUCUUUGUUAUAUCUGCUGGUGAGACCAACCCUUUAGACAGGGAAGUCUUAAGAAAUGUGUCUCUGAGAGCCAAGUGUCAGGGCUACUCCAUAUUUGUGUUUUCUUUUGGUCCUCGACACAAUGACAAGGAAUUAGAAGAAUUAGCCAGCCACCCACUGGAUCAUCACUUAGUCCAGCUUGGCCGAACCCACAAGCCAGAUUUGAACUAUAUCAUCAAAUUUGUCAAGCCAUUUGUUCAUUCAAUCAGACGUGACAUCAACAAAUACCCCCCUGCAGACAUGAAACCCAAAUGUGUUAACAUCACCUCUCUCAGUCCAGAGAAUAAUGGCAUAGAAAACACUGUAUUCCUUCUUCCUGAGGUAUAUGAAAUUGAGAUGGAGAGCAGUGAGCUUUCGGGUGAACCCAAUUCCCAGCAGCAGCAUUUCUUUGAAUUAGGGAACAGUCAUAGUAACAGUUCUGGUAUCACCACUGAUUUGAUCCAGAGGUUAUACAUGCUCUUUUCAUCUGGGGAACUGAUGAUGAAAGACAAGAAAGAGGCACAUUCAGAAGAAAUUACAUCUCCAGCAAAUGGCAGACAAGAUGAAAAAGAUAAGGAAGUGGAAGAUGCAGACAUCUGA